AUGUUGGCUCAAGCGUUUCAGCUUCUGGGUGGCCCGCUCCCCCGUGCGAAGCCACCUAACACAAUGUGCACUCUGGUCUUCAGCAACGGCGGCACAUAUGCUGACUUGAUCUACAUGAGCAAGGAAUGGGCAUCACCCAAAGUCUACCUUGAGCGAGGAGACUUCAUCCGCUUGGCCUCACAGCCUGUGGAUGGCUUCUGCUCUGCACUAGGACACUUUGCCCAGUAUUGGGAUAUCGGAGGCCAUGCUGAAAGACCGCGAGACCAAGAAGACUUCCCAGCUGGACUUGAGCUACGAUGCAACAGGUUUGAGAACAUGGAUGCUCUAAUGGUCGCAAAAACUCCUUGCAGCAUCUUCAUUGCGGCCCUGGGGAAAUGCGCCAGUACGUGCAGUCAGAGGGCGCAGUCGCCAUAUGGGCAUCCAUACAGGUGGCAAGUGCCGGGAGGCUGGAGGCGGGUGUCCAUACAGGUAGCUACACAAGCGGAUGCGGCGAAGGCAAGCGGUUCUUCAGAUCUUCUGGUUUGGAGCUGGAGUUUGCAAACGGUUCGCCAGCUGUGUGCCAUGGGCCAUGUUGGCUUUGUCUCAGCAUCUUCUGGUUUGAAGCUGGAGCUUGCAAGCGGCUCGCCAGCUAUGCUUCUCUCAAAAUCUUUUGGUUUGAAACUAGAGUUUGCGAACGGUGUGUACCAUGUUGGCUUCUUCACUGUUUCGGUCUUGCUUCUUUCAAGCUCUUCUGGCUUGAAUGCAAACGGCUUGCCAGCUGUCUUGAUUUCUGUUUUGUCCGCGGUCGUCGUCUUGUUGGAAGCUGGGCAGCUGGCCAUGGCCAAAUUUCAAAAGCUCAGGCCAAAGCUCUGA